AUGGCUCUGCCCUCAGCGUCGAAGGGCAGUGCAGGCGGCUCGGGCGGCUCGGGCGGCUCGGGCGGCUCGGGCGGCUUGGCGGCUCGGCUGCUGGGCGGCUCGGGCGGCUCGGCGGCUCGGGCGGCUCAGGCGGCUCGGCUGCUGGGGCGGCUCGGCCGCUGGGGCGGCUCGGCUGCUGGGGCGGCUCGGCUGCUGGGGCGGCUCGGCUGCUGGGGCGGCGCAGUUGCUGGGGCGGCGGGGCCGGGAGAUGCAGCUGCGGGGCCGUCAGGGGUAGUGGCGGGGCCGGUAGGUGAAGCGGCGGGGCCGUCAGGUACAGCAGCAGGGCCGGCAGGUGAGACGGCGGGGCCUGCAGAUGAGGCGGCGGGGCCGGCAGGUGCAGUAGCGGGGCCGUCAGGGGUAGCGGCGGGGCCGGUAGGUGCAGUGGCGGGGCCGUCAGAGGGGACGGCGGGGCCGUCAGGUGCAGCGGCGGGGCCGUCAGAGGGGACGGCGGGGCCGUCAGGUGCAGCGGCGGGGCCGUCUGAAGCAGCGGCGGGGCCGGCAGAGGGGACAGCGGGGCCGUCGGGUGCAGCGGCGGGGCCGGCAGAGGGGACGGCGGGGCCCCUGUGCUGCCUGUUGCUGCCUGUUGCUGCCCGUGCAUGUGCUGCCCGUUGCCGCCUGUUGCUGCCCGUGCCUGUGCUGCCCGUUGCCGCCCGUUGCUGCCCGUGCCUGUGCUGCCCGUUGUUGCCCGUGCCUGUGCUGCCUGUUGCCGCCCGUUGCUGCCCGAGCCUGUGCUGCCUGUUGCUGCCCGUGCCUGUGCUGCCCGUUGCCGCCCGUUGCUGCCCGUUGCUGCCCGUGCCUGUGCUGCCUGUUGCCGCCCGUUGCUACCCGUGCCUGUGCUGCCCGUUGCCGCCCGUUGCUGCCCGUGCCUGUGCUGCCUGUUGCCGCCUGUUGCUGCCCGUGCCUGUGCUGCCCGUUGCCGCCCGUUGCUGCCCGUGCCUGUGCUGCCCGUUGCCGCCCGUUGCUGCCCGUGCAUGUGCUGCCCGUUGCCGCCCGUUGCUGCCCGUGCCGCCUGUUGCCGCCCGUUGCUGCCCGUGCCUGUGCUGCCUGUUGCCGCCUGUUGCUGCUCGUGCUUGUGCUGCCCGUUGCCGCCCGUUGCUGCCCGUGCCUGUGCUGCCCGUUGCCGCCCGUUGCUGCCCGUGCCUGUGCUGCCCGUUGCCGCCCGUUGCUGCCCGUGCUUGUGCUGCCCGUUGCCGCUCUGCUGCUGUCCGCGCCCUCGUGCGCCCUGCUGCUACCCGCGCCCUUGUGCGCUCUGGUCUGCCUGCACCCUCGUGCGCUCUGCUGCUGCCCGUGCCCUCCUACUAA